UCUGUUGACAUCUACAGUGAGACGCCAGAACUGCAAUACAGAAAACCGACCGGAAACAAAGAACCGGAACAAACGGAAGCCGAGCUGGACAAAUACGCUUUGAGAAAUGGCGGCCGCUGAAGACGCUAACAGUAAACAAAACCCCAGUGGUUCAGAGGCUCCGAAACUGUCGGAUUUACUGGACCGGGGCUGGAAGCUGUUUGAAGAGGUGGACACCACGAACGAGCCGAGCAGCUCCAAUGCAGUGCAGGUGAAAGUGAAGCGCGCUCUCAUGCAGCUGGAGGAGGCGACGAGGAUGGUCAACCAGCUGAACGUGUUCAGUCGUAAUGAGGCAUUGGAGGAAAUCUCCACAGCUGACCUGAAGUAUCUGUUGUUGCCGGCUCUUCUGGGAGCGCUCACCAUGAAACAAGUGAACCCCAGCAAGCGUCUGGAGCACGUGCAGGCGGCCCGUGUCUACUUCAUGGACUUCCUCCAGAGGUGCAAGGACUAUGAUGUGUGUAGUUUUCAGCUCCCCAGAGCCAGCGAGAACACAGCAGACACUCCUACUGAGGAGCAGACCAAUCCAUCAGUCCCGAUGCCAGUGUCACAGCCAGACCUCAUCGCAAUGGCAACACAAAGACAAGCCAAAAUAGAGAGGUUUAUGCAGCGUAAAGAGACAGAAGCCAAGCUGAGUGAGAUCAGGGGGCUGGUUGAAUCUGGUUCAGCCGAUGAAGAGUUGGUGAGAGAUUUUUACCUGCUGCAUGUACGCAGGUGGGUCACACUAGCAAUUGAGGAGAUCGACUCUAUCAGCCAGGAGAUGGAGAUUCUGAAACGGAUGGAGCUUUUCAAGCAGAGCGCCCCCCAGCCAUCUCCACCUAAAAGACCACCCAUGAAGCCUUUUAUCUUGACUAAGGAUGCUGUGCAGGCAAAAGUGUUUGGUGCAGGGUAUCCCAGUCUUCCCACCAUGACAGUGGAUGAUUGGUAUGAGCAGCACCGGCGGCAAGGAUGUUUACCUGACCAGGGCAUACCACGCAGGGCAGCAGAUGGUGAUGCAGAGGAAGAUGAGAGAGCGGAAAGAGAGAGGAAGGAAGAGAACGAUGAUGACGAGGCACUGCAGAAGGCACGUGACUGGGACGACUGGAAAGACUCACACCGGAGAGGAUAUGGCAACCGCAAAAACAUGGGCUGAUCUGAUUUCACACACUCACAUAUACACACAUGCAUCCCUUCAUUUCCCUCCAAUAAACCUCCCAAUGCUGCCAAUAUGUGACAUGGACACAUCAGAGAGUGGGACUGUAGUGGUUAGUUAAGGUGGUUGCUUUCUUUUUUUUUAAACCGAGUUUGCGUAUUUGACAUUCUUUUCUAUGUCUUUCUUAAAUCUUGGUGAGCUUAAAUGAGACCUUAAACCCCUGAGCAUCUGUGGAGAUAGAUGUUUGGGCUUCAACCUUUCCUACACGAUUAAAAGUUUGCCUUUUCAUGGAUGUUGUUUUGUGUGCAGCAUUUCUACAGAAGUGUUCCCUAUACUGUCAGCUUUUAGAGUCAAAACCAGCUGACUCAGAAGGACACUGUCACCCACAUAAUUACACAUGAUGUGCUGUUCGAUUUGAAGCCAGUUAAGACUGCAUGUUCGUUAAGUAUUAACCGUUAUUGCUAGGCCUCGUUGUCUGUUUCAGAAGAGAUACUUCAGUGAAGACGGCUCUGUAAGAGGAUUAAGAACCAAUAUCAGCAAUCAUCAUCAAUAUAAACUGCCUUUUUAAUCUGAAAUGUAUUUAUUAUCUGCCAGCACUGCUUUUCUCUUUGUGAGGUCAACGUUCAGUUCUUCAGUAAACAUAAAGUGAAAUCA